AUGCCGAACGACAGAAUCUUCAUUGCCCAGUGUGGACAAAUGAACAUGAAGUUUUUGAAAUUCGACCGAAAAGACGAAGCGGAAGUUCAUUUUUUCCGAUUUGAAGGCGAAGUUUUUUCAGUUGAUCCUGUUAACCAACCGAUGAUGCUGAAGGUCUUCGAGAAGCUUCCAAACGCGGAGAAAAUCACCGUCGACGAAAUCAUCGAGGAGCAGCAGAGUCUUCCGAAAUUGAUUCAAAAAGGAGAAAUCGGAGAAAUAGAAGCUCAUUUCGAAGAAAAUCCAAAAGAAGUUGACUACGUCGCUCGUCUUGGCAAGUACCAGCAAUGCUCGUUGCUCUAUCUUGCCGUCAGUUCGAACCGCCAAGAAGUCGUCGAAUAUCUUUUGAAAAAGCGGCCGAAGACUCUGAACACAAAGAACGGAAAAGAACGGGAAACAGCUCUCCACCGCGCUGUGCGAAGUCUUCAACUCGCCACGGUUACCUCUCUUCUUGCCUCCGGCGCGAGCAUGGUGACCAAAGACAAGCACGGACUGAAGCCGGUGGAUAUUGCGAUGAGAAUGUACAAGGAAUCGAAGAGCGCGGAAGUAAAGAAAACGGCGGAAAAGAUCGUCAAGGCACUGAAAGGAAAUAGAUUCAACCGAACUGCGAGGCCUUUUAACCCGGCUGCAGCAGCGUGGGAAGAAGCAGCGAUGAAAGGAGCGGUGAACAGGAUGAUUGCGGAUUUGAGGAAAGAAGUUCGAAUAGAGAAAGAACUCGGGGAAAGUCGAAAUGACGAUAGUUUUGAAAAUCCGGGCAUGGCGAUCGUCAAAAAUAACCCGCUCAUGCUCGACAGAUAUUUGGAAACUGGCGACCCCAAUUUCGUCAACGACAGGGGCUUCUCCCUCCUUGAAAUAGCCAUGCAGUGCGCAAGAACUUCCGAACGAAAUUACUACACAGAGCUUUUGCUUGAGAAAGGCGCCAAUCCUAAUUUAACUUUUCGAUUUGGGCUGACUCCUCUGCACCGUGCGGUUCAAGAGCAAUCGCUAUUUUUAGUGAGGAUCUUGCUGAACCACGGAGCCGACCCGACGCGAGAAGACAAACAGGGCCGUAUUCCCAUCGCCAUGGUCGACAAGAUCCCAAAGCGCAUCAAGAACAACGAGACUAUCGCCAGUCUUGAAAUGAUUCUCUGCGCCGCGCAGCAGAAAAAGAACCUCGAAAACAUGCAUCACAGCCUCGAAAAUAUCCAAAUCAAAGAGCCAGAAGCAAACGCCGACGAUCUAUCGCUCAAGAAUCUGAACUUAAAACUGCCCUGA